CAUGCCGGCGCCUCAGCUGAUCCUGGGGCUGGUUUUCAUCACAGCUCUCGCUUCUUACGUCUCAGGUGCUGUGGUAACGUCCUGCGAUGCAUGCAACAAGUGGGCGUCCUGCACGUCCAUACUGAAGGCCGGUCAGGCCGUCUCCUCUCAGCACUCCUCCAACUGCUCCUGCAUUAAAGGCUUCUCCGGAGACGGCAUGUCCUGCUACAACACCACCACCUGCAGCACAGCCAGAGCCUCCUGCUGCCCGGCUGGCUAUCGCUGGUCACCUGAGCAGGGCUGUGUGGACAUCGAUGAGUGCUCUGCCCCUCAGAGUCCAUGUGUUGCUCCGCUGAUGUGUGUAAACAUGCCCGGAUCCUUCACCUGUCUGCUGCCGCAGGUUAACGCCAACCCAGCCUCAAACCCACGCCUGGUCCAGUUCAGCUGUGGGCAAGCGGUCUGUAACCUGGGCCAGGACUGCAUCACCAUCAACGGGGUUCCCCGCUGCGCCGAUCCAUGCCAACGCUACACCAUCCUGGACGACGCGUGGCGCUCCACAGACUUCAAGACGAACGGCACCUUGCACUGUGACACAGACGUGAACUGGCAGGGCUGGUACAGGAUGUAUCUGGGUGGCGUCAGUGUGCAGAUGCCUGAGAGGUGUAUCCAGCCCAGGAUGUGUGGCACCGACUCCCCUCUCUGGCUGAAGACCCCCCAUCCCGUUAACUCGGAAGGCGUGGUGCAGGGCGCCGUGUGCGGGAGCUGGGUGGAAGGCUGCUGUAACUUUGAGUUCCCCAUUAACGUCAAGGCCUGUCCAGGAAACUACUACGUCUACAAGUUUGUCAAGCCACCCCUCUGCUUCCUGGCCUACGCCGCCGACGCCAACACCAAGGUGUGUGCAACAUGCAGAGAGGGAACUUCCUGUAUGAGCGCAGACAAGAUCACCUGGACGUGCCAGACUCAAGACCCUGUCCGUCUGUCCGGAGGCAGUAACAGGUGUGAAGGCAGAGUGGAGCUGUACCACAACGGUCGCUGGGGCACCGUCUGUGAUGAUGACUGGAACAUGAACGCUGCGACAGUGGUGUGUAGGCAGCUGGGGUGUGGGAAGGCUCUGGCUGCUCCUGUCAACGGGCGCUUCGGUCCCGGGAGUGGUCCCAUCUGGAUGGACAACACACAGUGCCAGGGCACAGAGGCCUACCUGGUCCAGUGCAAACACAAUGGCUUUGAGAACCACAACUGCGGUCACUAUGAGGACGCUGGAGUGAUCUGUGAAGAGCCCUCCACAGCUGUUGUCCCUCAGCUGGUUUGUAACAGGACCCUGAUGAGAGUUGGUGUGCCAGCUGUCCACCGAGGCCCCAAUGCCCUCAACAUGACCUCGGGUCACCUGGUGGACCCCACCUGCGCGGCCCAGCGGGAGGAGAACGGCACCGUGUGGUACGAGGUGCAGAGCCGAGCGGCCGUGUGCGGAAACGUGCUGAAGAUCAACAGCACACAUGCUGUCUACUCCAACACCCUGUUCCUCUACCUUGCAAACAGCAGCGUAUUCUCACUGCCCACGGGCUUUCCCUUCUCCUGUGUUUACCCCCUGGACUCCCGCAUUAGCAUGGACAUCGCCGUGAGACCCUACCUCUCGAUGCAGGAGAUGGGUCUGGUUGGUGUUGGCCCUGGUGCCCGUGCCUCUAUGUCCCUGUACCGAAACGCUAACUUCACGACUAUGUACCCCCCUGGGCCUGUGGUUCUGCCGGUCGGUGCUCCGCUCUAUGUGGGAGUGAACGUAGAGGAGGUGGAGGCUUCUCGUUUUGCUGUGAUUGUGGAGGAGUGCUCCAUCACAGACACGCCCGACCCUAAUAACUCUGGGAGAUAUCUGCUUAUUCAGAACCGUUGUCCCAGUGACCCGCGUGAUGUUCUGGUGACUGAGAAUGGGAUUUCUCUGCAAGCACGCUUCACUGCUCUGCUCUUCCUCUACGAAGGAAACUAUAAUGACAUGUUCCUCCAUUGCCGUCUCAGCCUGUGUGACCGCACCACGGAGUCCUGCAGCACGAAGUGUCAGACCAGAGCAUCUCGUUCCAUCUCCAGCCACAAAUCUCUCACCAUUGGGCCAAUUUCAUGGACCAAAGAAGGGCACUAAUCUGAUUCACAUCAGACGGCCUCCAAAUGUUCAACAGUCAUGAGCUCAGCACAUGAUUAUAUGACUUAAAUCAUCUGAAUGUUCUGGAGAGAUGCAACUGUAACUCAUUAAAGUACAAUUCCACUGAUUUUUCAUACAUUCUGCAUUAAUAAAUGGUGAAAAUGUGAA